AUGAGGGUUAUAACCAUUAUCAUCCUCCGCGUCCUUACUAUCCUGCAGGGGGUAGUCGGCCAUCAACCCGCAACAGAAGAAGAUGGUGGUACUCAGUAUGCCGCGCCCAUCAACAGCCCAUGGGAUGGAAACAUGUACAGGGAGCUCGCGCAAUGGGGCUAUACCGAGUCUGAAAGGUCCCAAAUGUGCGAUUUCGACGCUUUCUGGGGUCUCGACAAAGCAUUUGAGGGUAUCCGCAUGGAUCCGCGGUCGACACAGCGACAAGGACCGAACAAAUGCUUCCAUGUCGGUCAUGGAGAUCCACACAAGACAAGGCCCGAUGGUAGCCAUUGGCAACUCUCUGAGCAGACAUACGUAGCUCCAGGCGGUAGAGUAAACCGAGUGACCGGCGCAUUCUCCACAAUCGGCGUUAACCCCAUCUCAGGUAUGGUAUUCUUCAUAAGCAGAAAGAGCGCAUUCGAAGCGGCCAAGGCCCUCUGGGGACAGAACUCGCCUCACGAGGAUGAAUUACCUGCACUACGAGCCACAUCCGAUUUUGCCUGGGCCUUUUGGAACCGAGAAGUGCGUUUUUCCACGAUCACGGCUAUUUGGAGUAUCUGCGUUACUAAUCAGAUUACACUGAGCAUUUUGGAAGUGGCUAUGAAGACUUACCUCCCUCCUCCAGGACAACAGAGAGCCAAUGGAUUCCAGGUAUGGCCUGGAACAGACUUUGAGAUGCAUACGAUUGAGGCGCAAGCCAUCCUAGGUACACCAAACGGUAUUGGAGCCGGUUUCUUUCUCGCUCAACACAAACAUCAGCUUGGGGGCAACAAGAUGAUUUACAAAAUCACUGUCUUCAAAGCAUUUCAACCAGUUACCGAGGACGACUCUAUCAACUUGAUCUUUUGGGUCAAGGACUCUGGUUUCAUCAAUGGGCGUGCCGAUGUCGGUGUAGUUGGUAAGAAUAUCUUCGAAAAGUCAAAAGUUGUCAAAAGGAGCGCUGAUGGGAGAAAUUUUGUCAGGGAGCACACCAUUAUUGGUGUUUAA